AAAAAAAACUCGUCUCUUACCCCGUGGAACGGAAAGCUCCCCGAGUCGCCUCCUCUCUCGCCCGACCUUUCUCUCGAGCGCGAUUUGCCGGCGGCGACAGAGCUCGGCGGCGCUCGUGAGAUAGACCCCAUCUCUGUGCAACCUCGGCGAGACGUCACCUCCGGCGUCCUCUCCACUUCCGGCUGAUUCUCAUUGGAUUGGCCCCCCUGUAACCGAACGAGGCCCGAUGGAUUUAAUGGAUGCUCGGAAGCGCAGCAAAUGAGUCCUCCUAGCUCACCGGUCAGCGCAUCAACCGCCCGAUUCGCGCCGCGCAGCUCCGCCUAGCUCUUCCCGCCCCAACUCCCGUCGCCGUUCGCCGCCGCAGCAGAGAGCCUACACGCCGCGCCGUGCCCGAGUUGGAUGUGGUUGGAGGAGGUGAGAAGAAGGGAACGCGGGGAGCUGCGCGUGCGGCGCUUCAAGGCGCUCGCCCGGUCGCGCCGCGCCGCCUCGCUCGCGCUCUCCAACCGCAAGGAGAUCGCCACCCCGCACCACGGCGCCGUCAACUCCCUCCAGGUUGAUUUGACAGAGGGGAGGUACCUGCUCUCGGGGGCGUCGGAUGGGUCGGCCGCUGUCUUCGAUUUGAACAACGCGACGGAAUACGAAGCCGGGUUCAUUGCCAAGCACAGGAACAUCCUGCUCGUCGACAGGCAGCACGAGCAUGGCCACAAGUUCGUCGUCUCAGCGGCCAUCUGGUACCCCGUGGACACCGGCCUCUUCGUUACAGCGUCCUUCGAUACCUAUGUCAAAGUGUGGGACACCAACUCGACUCAGGUAGUCAUGGAUUUUAAGAUGCCUGGAAAGGUCUACAGCGCCGCGAUGUCUCCGAUCGCGACAACGCAUAUGCUCAUCGCGACAGGAAGUGCGGAUGUUCAGGUCCGUUUGUGUGAUAUUGCUUCUGGAGCCUUUACCCACACGUUGUCAGGUCAUCAUGAUGGUAUCAUGUCUUUGGAGUGGUCUACCUCCAGCGAGUGGAUCUUGAUGAGUGGUGGCUGCGAUGGGGCUAUACGAUUUUGGGACAUAAGACGAGCAGGAUGCUUCCUUGUCCUCGAUCAGUUACGGUCUCAGCAAGGAAGACGACCUCCUUUUCUUGAUAGCGCCAUGGAGAAACAGGAUCAGAAGAACUUAACAUCUUCACCUUCUUCAAAGAGUAACUCAGUUCAGCAGAGGACAGGCAGUCGUAAGAAGCAUUCGAAAGCACUACACAAAAGUCAAACUCUGAUACGUGGACAUACACAACAGAGAGUACAUCCGGGUAUGUCAUCCAGUCAAAAUCGUACAACAGCUCACUAUGGUGCUGUUACAGGGUUAAAAACAACUACAGAUGGGAUGCACCUUCUUAGCUCAGGAUCCGAUUCUCGAUUAAGGAUAUGGGAUGUUGAUUCAGGCUGCAAUACUUUGGUCAAUUUUGAAGCCAUGCGAUUGCAUGCUGGCAAGCCACUACAAUUAGCUGUCACUGAUGAUCCAUCACUUGUAUUUGUUCCAUGCAUGGGUAGCAUCAAGGCAUACAAUAUGUGGUCUGGUACGACAUUUCAAACAUUCCGUGGGCAUUAUGACCAUGUGAAUUGCUGCUACUAUAACUCACAAGACCAAGAACUCUAUACUGGUAGCAAUGAUAGACAAAUUCUUGUGUGGUCUCCUGCAACUCCCGCUUUGACUGAAAUGGAGGAUGAUGACAAGCGGCAAGAGGGCUUUGCAGCUGAUGAAGAUAACUGGAGUGACUGAGAACCUAAUGAGUUGACCAUGUGUAUACUUUUUUUUUUUAUAAAGGAUCAUGUGUAUACUAGAUUCUAACAAUAUUGACACGAGGCAUGCUAAGUGUUAAUAAGUCAGGAUUCUUAUUUAGUGUUACUCUAAAACUUCAGUCACACGUCAAAUUUUGGUGUUGGGUUACUGUACUCAGAGGAUAUUGUACAUUAUAGUUUAAGUUCUUAUAGUUCAUCAAAACUUCAGUCA